ACGGUGUCGACGAUGCAAACGAUACCUCCUCCUUUACAUUAAAUUUUUUCCGUCGCUUUAUUAGCAUUAUGUCUUCAUUAAUUUAAUUAAUUACUCACCGUCUCUUAAUAAAGAUAAAGAUUUCCGAACCUACCUAGGUACCUAGUACAUAUCAGAAACGUGUCUCUUUGCGGGUAAUCGUUUAGUGAUGCUCCCCACGACUACCUAACAUGGUUCCUAUUCUCACUUGAGUAUUAAACCUACAGUGGUUAGGUGGAAUGCGCAACACUAAGGUUAUUUAGAAUUUAUUUCUUGCGCAUACCUUUUCCUAAAGCGCUCUCCUAGAGAACUUCUUACACCAUCCAAGUACUUUUUCUUUUCUGGUAAUCGUACCUAAGUAAUUCGCGAUGGCAUCUGAAGUAGCUGGCGCGGCUACUGCAGCUGGGGCCGAGUCAGCAGCCUUCACAUUACAAAUCAUAUCGCCGUCUGUUGGCAUACCACAACCUUUAGUCUUCCAGGGACUACCGACCGACACGACAGUCAAACAGUUGAAAGAGCGAAUUCGAAAUGCUGUUAUCACAAGACCUGCAGACGAGGCUCAGCGCCUGAUCCAUCGAGGUCGCCUACUGGGUCGGGAUACUGAGACAAUGACCGAAAUCUUUGGACAAGACGCACUUCGCUCUACAGAUCCUCAGUCGUUGCAUCUAGUUCUACGAGACCUUUCCGAUGGCCGAACAACGUCUACGCCGAAUGCUUCCUAUUCUACAAACCAAACCUCGUCCUCGAGCCAAACCCCCGCGACGGGAGCACACAUCCCUUCCCAAUUCAACUCGUACCAGAACCAUCACUCAAGUCCUUUCCAACCUCAACCUCAACCUCAGGUCCGAAUCGGGUUGUCCAAUUACCCUGGUGCUACAUUUGGACUUCCGCAGGGUUCAGUCGCGCCCUUUGGCCAACCGGUGAAUCCCCUUCCUCAAGUUACACGAGAUCAACGUCAGUGGCAGCGAUCUCUGGAUGAGUACAUGUCUGGUAGGAUGCUGAACCAGAAUCGCCGAUUGAACACGCAAGGCGCGCAAGACACACCUCCUGGUAACUCGACGGCGACACCCGGGACUAGUACACCUGGAAGAACUGCUUCGCCAUUCCAGUCAGAUGGCACCCACACAACUAUUCGUGAAGGAGUUGGACCCAACGGUUUACAAUGGCGCGUCACCUACAACGAAACUUUCGUACAUCCGUUGCAACGACCGGGAAGGACGGGAUCGCCCUUCCCAGCAACCGACGCGAGUGUACUAUCGCGCGCGAUUCCAAAUGGGGGCCAGCUAUCCAACAAUGAAGUUCAAAACAUUUUUCGAACUGCGGAUGCUGGGUCAGCCACUAGGGCUAUGACCGAUGCCAUGCGCAGAAAUGCUAGCAACUCUUCCUUGGCAAAUCUUGCAGCUAGCCAGGCUCAUCACCCCAUUCCACCGGGGGUUACAACACCGCUGAUUGCGUCUCGAGCCGGUAGUGGUGCAGCUACCCCUGAUCCACUUAGAGCAGCUGGACGAACCCGAAGUCCGGCAACAAACCAGACACAAACACAGCCGUCUCAGGGUACACCAGAAGUAUACAUUUUGUCUUCCCCUACGGGACCGCGUGCUCUUUUACUUAAUAGCAGCGCGGAGACAUAUUACAGCCCUCAAGCCCGAGCCACGUAUCAACCCAUCGGCCUACCGGUUGGCCAGAGACCACUUCCGCACCUGUUUCCCAAUUUCAAUCACUUAACCCCACAAUAUAUGAUACCAACACCGACUAUUCCGCCGCAAAUUCCCCAAGUUGGACGAGGUCAUAUAAUCAAUCCCCAAGUGAACCAUGGCCCUCAACCACAUCAACCAGCUCAGCCACAACACGGCUUGCCUCAACCACCUCAGCAUCAACAUCAGCAUCAGCAUCAGCACCAGCACCAACCUCAGCCUCAAAUAGGACAUGCUGUUGCCCGCGCGGAUAACCCGCAGGUACAGGCGAUUAGAAUAGCACAGCUCUGGCCUCAUAUAUGGAUGAUUAUUCGUCUGGGACUCUUCAUCUGGUGGUUUACGUCACCUACUUCCGGUUGGUCUCGUUGGAUUACCGUCGUUUCCAUUGCAAUUACGCUCUUCCUUGUUAAUAUGGGGCUCCUGAACCCCUUUGCUGACCAAUUCUGGGUUCCUGUCCGUCGUCACCUGGAGAACUUGAUUCCUCUUGCCGACGGUCAUCAACGAGGUGCACAAGCGCACGGAAGAGGCGGAAAUGGUGAUGCCGGAGCGGAUGCUGGACAGCAAGGGGAACUCCAUCCUGCCGACACUGCGGCUAGGCUAGUGCAGCAGCGACGAGACGCCAAUGCGAAUUGGUUGAUGGAUCAGGUCAGAAGACUAGAGCGUGCCGGUAUCCUAUUCCUUGCUAGUAUCGCACCAGGAGUAGCUGAGAGACACAUCGCACAGGUGGAGGCAGAGGCACGAGCUGAACGUAGACGACGUGAGGCAGAGGCCGAGGCUGCUGCUGCUGCUGCUGCCGAACAGUCUGAAAGACAAGAAGGCUCGGCGGAUGCGGGACAGAAUGCCGAAAAUGGUGACUCCGCUGCUGGCAACAAUGAAUCGGAGGGGAAUGAGCGGGCCGCGGAGGGUGUGGGAGAUGACGAACGACCACCUGCUGCGGAAGAACCAUUAAUUCGCGUGUGAACCACUGGAACUACGGCAUGUUAAAGUUUUUGAUGCCAAGCAGAAAUGGACAGAGAAAGCCUACUUUUGAGUGCUGACUGACAUCCCGUCAAGUGGCGGGACUGUCAAUUUUUAAAAUGCCAAGCACGAACUUUCAGCAAUAAGCUUUCCGGUUUUGUUCCCAUCCCUACGACACGCCAAAACUCCAGGGAUCACGAAGGAAAUGGUGUCAAACGAAGCCAUGGCCGUAUGGUUUACUGAAAAAAAGAAAAAAUCACUUGUAUCACAACAACCUACCUACGUUCUUGCUGGACCUUUGGUUGGUUUCUUGUACUACACCAUGUUGGGCGGAGUUUUGCGUGCAUAGGGAACGAUUAGUUUAGCUGCGCGGAAAGAGGGAGGUUCCUCGCGGCUAGUGGACGUGGAAAAGACAGGCUGUGAGCCUGGCAUCGCAUCGCAUGGUACGAGCAAUCGUGCCGAAUAAAAUCAUCCUAGGGAAAUUUCUAGAGCUUUUUAAUGUGCUUAGUAAUCAUGUGCUGAGUUCGAAAGGUGUAGAUGGAAAUGUAGCCAUGUAUGUACGUAUGAUAGCCUCGUCUUAUGUUUGCUUGUACGCAUAUGUAUGGUUCGUCGAUUUGUAUGAAGGAGUCGAGUAGAGAUACCAUUUGUAUAAUCCUGUAAA